UAAUAAAUCUCCGGCCCCACUGGCUUUCGUUUGUCAGUUUUGUUGUCAAAAUAAAAUUGUAAGCAAUGCUGCCAACAUUUUGCAAAUUCCUGGCCAUUUUCUGCAUAUUUGCUAAACAAACAUAUGCGACGACCAACCUGAGUCCAGGGGCCGUUGGCGUGCACCGUCGAUUCGAGUACAAGUACUCGUUUAAGCCGCCGUAUUUGGCCCAAAAAGACGGCACCGUACCCUUCUGGGAGUACGGGGGAAAUGCCAUUGCCAGCUCCGAGAGUGUGCGUGUGGCACCGUCGCUGCGUUCGCAGAAGGGUGCCAUCUGGACCAAAACGCAGACCAACUUCGACUGGUGGGAUGUGGAGAUUGUGUUCCGCGUGACGGGACGUGGCCGUAUCGGAGCCGAUGGUCUGGCCUUCUGGUACACCACCGAGAAGGGAGACUACAAUGGGCCGGUGUUCGGCUCCUCGGACCGCUGGAAUGGUCUGGGCAUUAUCUUUGAUUCCUUCGACAACGACAACAAGCAUAACAAUCCCUACAUCAGUGCGGUGGUCAACGACGGUACCAAGCAGUACGAUCAUACCAAUGAUGGAACGACGCAGUUGCUGAGCGGUUGCCUCAGGGAUUUCCGUAACAAGCCCUUCCCCACCCGUGCGCGCAUCGAGUACUACAACAACGUGCUCACCGUUCUCAUUCACAACGGCAUGACCAACAACAACGACGACUACGAGCUGUGUAUGCGUUCCGAUGGCGUGAAUCUGCCCAAGAAUGGCUACUUUGGUGUCUCGGCUGCCACCGGCGGCCUGGCCGAUGAUCACGAUGUGUUCCACUUCCUCACCACAUCCCUGCACGCUGCUGGGCAGGUCCAGGAGAACCAGAAGGUGGACAACCAGAAGCUGACUGCGGAAUACAACGAGUAUCAGGAUAAGCUGGAGAAGCAAAAGCUGGAAUACAAAAAGGAGCAUCCGAACGAGCACAAAGACGAGGAGGAUUUUGACGAGUUUUACGAGUCGGAAGACCAGCGCGAGCUGCGUCAAAUCUGGCAGGGACAGAGCCAAAUCGCCGAACACCUGCGCGAGCUGUCCCGCAAAGUGGACGAGAUCAUUGGACGCCAGGAGAACACGUUAACGCUGGUCUCUCGCGGCCUGGCCGCCAACGCCGGACAGGCCCUGCCACCAGCAGCCGCAGGCAGUGUGCCCCAGCAGCAGCAAUUGGGUGGCGGCGGUGUGGUCAGCAGAACCGAUGUGGACUUGCUUCUAACCAAUCAAAAUGUUCUGCUCAGCUCCAUACGGGAGAUACGGCAACUGGUGGGCGAUAUCAAUGUGCGCACUGAUAACAUUCAGACAAAUCAGAAGCACGCUCCCACAGCCCAGAUCCAGUCCACCGGCUACGAUGUGCAAACGCUCAUAGCCGAGAUGCGUGAUGGCAUGAAUCAGGUCAAGCAGGGCAUCUCCCAUGUGGGACAAAAAUUGGCAUCUGCGCCACAGGGCGCAGCGCAGGUGGCCAACUGCCCCACCGGCAGUUGCGUGGGCGUCACACUGUUUCUAAGUGUAACCGUUGUGCAAUUGCUGCUAGUAUUUAUCUAUAAUAUAUUCAAGAACCGCAGUGAGGCGCAGGCGAAAAAGUUCUACUAGGCCAAAAUGCUAACAAACAACAACAAACACACGGAACACACAGAACACCAGGAACAGAAGGAACACAUGGAAUACAAACACAAUUAACAACCACACACACACACACACACACACACCUGACUAGGCGCAACUAAAUUUAGUGAAAAUGAUUUACUUAAGACUACAGCGUAGAGUGCUCUACAAUUAUGCAUAUGUAAUUGUUCCGUUUGUAUUGUAUUUGACGAAUAUUGAUUGAUUGAUUAGUCAGGUGCCGGAUCGAAAUUGAAGCCAUUAACUACUUAAACUGAAGAAUGAACAAGAAAUCUGAACAAUGCAGUCGCCUCAUGACAAUGCCAAGCAAUACAAACAAUCGAUCGAUCGAAGAAGCCACAAGACAAACCUAUACCCCUAUACCCCUUUCCCCCGGCUCCCCCUCUCCAACUAGAACAUAGUCUGAUGAAGAUGUUUUCCAGCAGGGCAAGUCGAAAGUCACUAUUCUCAACGCUGCAUAUCACGCGCGUGCAGGCAUUUCUUACAAAAACACAACAA